AUAGGUAUUGAUUUUUCCAAGUCCGUCCAAGUCGAGCAGCUCCUAGUCGGAAACCAAAGCGAAAUGGCUCCCAAGAAGAAACACAUCAGUAGCAAUAGGGCUCAUUCAAAAUCUUCGUCCAGAGCCACACCACAAGCUUCGUCUUCGUCCUCGUCCGGUCCCAGACUCCAAAUUUCAGCCGAGAACGAGAACCGGCUCCGCCGCCUUUUGCUCAACAACAACUCUGCCCGAUCCGCGGCUCCGGUCGAUGAUACUCUCUCCAAGGCCCAGAAGGCCAAGAAGCUUAAGACCGUUUAUGAGAAGCUCUCCUGCGAAGGAUUUACCAAUGAUCAAGUCGAACUCGCUCUCUCCGCUCUCAAGGAGGGUGCUACAUUUGAGGCUGCCCUUGAUUGGUUAUGCUUGAAUUUGCCGGGUAAUGAGCUUCCAUUGAAGUUCGCUAGCGGGAACUCUCUACAUACAAGUGGAGGUUCUGUUGGUGUCAUAUUGAAUUCACGGGAAGGUUGGACGCCUUCGGCGGACCCAUCUACUGAGUUUAAGGAGGAAUCUCCAGAAAUUUCUAUUAAGAUCAAGGGCCGGUGGGAUGAUGAUACUCUAGAUUCACGUCAACCUUCUCAAGCUAAUUGGAUCAGGCAAUAUGUGGAGCAACAGCAAGAGGAUGAUUCUACAAAUUGGGAAGAUGAUGUGGUUGAUAACAGUUCCCUUGAGGAGGUCCAUGGACCUAGGUCGUACAGCGUUAUCGCAAAAGAGUACCAUGCUGCACGUUUGGAAGCAACGAAAGCCAAGGAAAAAGGGGAUAAGAAAAGCCAGGAGCGUGCAGGCAAUGUUAUCCGCAAACUCAAACAAGAAUUGUCUGCUCUAGGAUUUUCAGAUAACAUCUUGGCAUCAGAAUUUGAAUAUGAACGAGCUUCUGAGGACACAAGUACUAGUUCCAUGCCUCAUGAGCAUUCCGAAGGAAAAUCAUUAUGCAAUGUUGAACCUGGGUCGGCAUUUGUUGUGGAAGCAGAUAUGGAUUGCUGUAGCUCUAAGGAUUUUCCAAUGAAAUCUUCUUCUAGUUCAUAUAUUGAGGAAAAACACGGUGCAAAAGAAGAGUCAGAAGAUGUAGAGCUUGGUGGUUUCUUUUUAGAAGAUGCGCCAUCUAAUGAUGGUUUAUCUCCUGAAGUUUUGAAACUUCAGAAGCGAGAAAAAAUCAGAAAAUUGUAUGAUGAGAAGAGUUUGGAAAAAUUGGAUGGCAUAUGGAAGAAGGGGGACCCGAAAAAGAUCCCCAAGGCUGUUCUUCACCAAUUAUGUCAAAGAUCAGGGUGGGAAGCACCAAAAUUCAAUAAAGUGCCGGGCAAAGAAAGUAGUCUCUCUUAUGCUGUCAGUGUGUUGCGCAGAUCUAGUGGGAGGGGCAAGAGCAGAAAAGCUGGGGGGCUGAUCACCCUUCAGCUUCCAGAUCAGGAUGGAACCUUUGAAUCUGCUGAGGAUGCACAGAAUAGAGUGGCAGCAUUUGCUCUUUGUCAUCUGUUUCCUGAUCUCCCAGUUCACCUGCUAGUUAUGGAGCCCUAUGCCUCACUUGUCAUGCAAUGGAAGGAAGGGGAGUCAUUGGCCAAUAUGGAAGACAGUGAGGAAGAUCGGAGGGCUGGUUUUGUGAAUUCGUUAUUGAAAGCUGAUCAAUCUAGUUCAACUGCUUCUGAUGAUGUGGUGGAUUGUUCUCUACCAGAAAAUCUUCAGAAGCUCCAUAUUGAAGACUAUAAGAACUCAACUGUUGCUGCUUCUGAUUCAUUAAUUGACAGAGUAGACAAAAGGAAAGAGAUGGAGAGUGCAUAUUUGAGACGAGAACAAGAGAUCAAAAUGAAAAUGAAGAGAUACAAGGAGAUGUUGAAAACUAGGGCUGCGCUUCCUAUUGCUGCUUUGAAGGGUGAAAUAUUGCAACUUUUAAAGGAGAAUAAUGUCCUUGUUGUUUGUGGGGAAACUGGCUCUGGGAAGACAACUCAGGUUCCACAAUUUAUUUUGGAUGAUAUGGUUGAAUCCGGAUUUGGUGGACAGUGCAACAUCAUAUGCACGCAACCAAGGAGAAUAGCGGCUAUUUCUGUGGCGGAAAGGGUUGCUGAUGAGCGCUGUGAACCUUCACCGGGUUCAGAUGGUUCUUUGGUUGGUUACCAAGUCCGUCUUGAUAGUGCAAGGAUUGAGAAAACAAAGCUUCUCUUUUGUACUACAGGCAUUCUGCUAAGAAAAUUCUCGGGGGACAAAAACUUGACUGGUGUUACUCAUGUCAUAGUUGAUGAAGUGCAUGAACGAUCUUUGUUGGGUGAUUUUCUACUAAUUGUUUUGAAGAAUCUGAUAGAGAAGCAAUCUUCUCAUGGCACACCAAAAUUGAAGGUCCUUCUUAUGUCUGCUACUGUAGAUUCCAAUUUGUUUUCAAGAUACUUUGGGAAUUGCCCAAUAAUUACUGCAGAAGGCAGAACUCAUCCCGUGACAACUUACUUUCUUGAGGAUAUAUACGAAAGUAUUAAUUAUCGCCUUCCUUCCGAUUCUCCAGCUUCUAUUAGGAAUGAAUCCACCAAGGAGAAGUUCCAGAGUGGUCCUGUAAAUGUCCGUAGGGGUAAGAAGAAUCUUGUCUCGUCUGCAUGGGGAGAUGAUUCUCUGCUUUCAGAAGACUGUAUUAACCCGUAUUAUUUGCCAAACAUGUAUGAGUCAUACAGCGAACAAACACGACAGAAUAUGAAAACUUUGAAUGAAGAUGUCAUUGAUUACGAUCUUCUUGAGGACUUAGUUUGUCAUGUUGAUGAAACUUGCGGCGAGGGUGCCAUACUUGUGUUUUUACCUGGGGUGUCUGAAAUCUACCAGUUACUCGAUAAGCUAGCUGCUUCUUACCGGUUUGGUGGACCCUCUUCUGAUUGGAUUCUCCCUUUACAUUCAUCCGUUGCAUCAAAUGAUCAAAAAAGAGUGUUUUUACGUCCUCCUGAAAAUAUACGCAAGGUCAUUAUAGCCACGAACAUUGCAGAAACCAGUAUUACAAUAGAUGAUGUGGUGUUUGUCAUUGACUGUGGAAAGCAUAAGGAGAAUCGUUAUAAUCCUCAGAAGAAAUUGUCUAGCAUGGUUGAAGAUUGGAUCUCCCAAGCAAAUGCAAGGCAAAGGCGGGGAAGAGCUGGACGUGUAAAACCUGGAACUUGCUUUAGCUUGUAUACACGCCACAGAUUUGAGAAACUCAUGCGCAAUUUUCAGGUUCCUGAGAUGCUUCGGAUGCCAUUAGUGGAGUUGUGUUUACAAAUUAAGUUACUUUCUCUGGGUUACAUAAAGCCUUUUUUAUCCAAGGCUUUAGAACCUCCUAGGGAGGACGCUAUAACCUCAGCACUUUCAUUGUUAUACGAGGUUGGGGCACUUGAAGGUGAUGAAGAGUUGACACCUCUUGGGCAUCAUUUGGCAAAACUUCCUGUUGAUGUUCUGAUUGGAAAGAUGAUGCUGUAUGGUGCUAUAUUUGGUUGCUUAUCACCCAUUCUCUCAAUUUCAGCAUUUUUGAGCUACAAAUCUCCAUUUGUGUAUCCAAAAGAUGAGAGGCAAAAUGUUGAAAGAGCAAAAUUGGUGCUUUUGAAUGAUAAGAUUGGUGGUUCUAGUGAUUCAGAUGAUGCUGACAGACAAUCUGACCACCUGUUGAUGAUGGCUGCAUACAGAAAAUGGGAGAAGAGUCUACGCGAGAAAGGAGCUAAAGCUGCUCAAAAUUUUUGCAAUUCAAAUUUUUUAAGCAGCUCAGUUAUGUACAUGAUAAGAGACAUGAGAAUACAGUUUGGAUCGUUGCUAGCUGACAUUGGCCUCAUCAACCUUCCAAAAAAGUAUCAGGUUCAAGGACAAAAGAAAGAGGAUUUUGACAGUUGGUUUUCUGAUGCAUCGCAACCAUUCAAUAAGUAUUCAUGUUAUUCAUCAGUUGUAAAGGCUAUAUUAUGUGCAGGUUUAUACCCUAAUGUGGCAGCCACUGAACAAGGCAUUACUGCCACAGCUCUUGGCAACCUUAAACAGUCUAUUGGCCCAGUAACGCAGGAUCGCCCUGUUUGGUAUGAUGGAAGAAGAGAAGUUCACAUACACCCUUCUUCUAUCAACAGUAAUUUGAAAGCAUUUCGAUAUCCCUUCCUUGUCUUCCUUGAAAAGGUUGAAACCAACAGAAUUUUUAUUCGAGAUUCUUCUGUUAUCUCUACUUACUCUAUCUUGCUGUUUGGUGGCUCCAUCAAUAUUCAGCAUCAGACUGGACUGGUGGUCAUAGAUGGAUGGUUAAAACUGACAGCAGCAGCUCAAAUUGCAGUCCUGUUCAAGGAACUGCGGCUAACUCUUCAUUCACUUUUGAAGGAGCUAAUUAGAAAGCCAGUGAAUGCCACAGUUGUUGAUAACGAGGUUAUCGGGUCCAUGAUCCAAUUGUUGUUAGAAGAAGACAAACCCCUCAAGUAAUUAGGGAUCUCAAGGUUGGUGGAUUGCGGUGACGGUUCUCGCACUUGAUGAUCUUACCAUUCAUGCCUCAUUCAAACUAUCCAAGCAUGUUGCUGAUCCCCAUCUCGGCUUGGUGGUGUUCACUGCAUGUGUGCCUACUCUAUACUGCAAAUUACUAACAGGCCUUGAUCAGUAGUUCCUUCUCUCAGAAAUGGCGAAACAAGUGAAGUGUCAGUUCAUUAAUUACGAACAUCUGGCUUGAAGAAUGCUGACUAGGAAACGGGAUUUUUAUUUUAUUUCUUUAUUAUAAGCAGAGGAAUUCAUUUGAUCCUUGCAGAUUAUGCUGACUGGCGGUAUAAUUUUUACAUCCUGCUAAUUCUGUUUAUUGUAUUUUAGUUAAUU